AUGCCUCUCUUAACCUCAACGGGCAAGCCCAGGGUAAUCUUGGGGACGAUGACCUUUGGGCCCGACCCUGCAGCCGGCGCCCGCAUCACCUCCCUCGACACCUAUAACUCCGUCCUCUCGACCUUCCUUGAAGCUGGCCACACCGAACUCGACAGCGCCAGGAACUACAUCGGGGGUAAACAAGAGUCGUGGACCAGGUCCGCCGAGUACUCGAAAAAGGGCUUCAGCAUCGCAACAAAAUGCUACCCCAAUACGCCCGGCCAGCACUCCGCCGAGAAGCUGGAGGAGAGCUUCAACAAGAGUCUUUCGGAGCUUGGGACGGACUGUGUGGACAUCUUCUACCUUCAUGCUGCUGACAGGAGUCUGCCGUUUACUGAGCCGCUCAAGAAGCUGGAUGAAUUACACAAGAAGGGCAAGUUCGUGCAGCUCGGUCUGUCGAACUUCACGGCGUUCGAGGUGGCAGAGGUGGUGAUGCAUUGCAAAUACAACAACUGGGUACGACCGACGAUCUACCAAGGAAUGUACAACGCCAUCACGCGCUCCCUAGAGCAGGAGCUCAUCCCGGUCUGUCGUCGCUACGGUAUCGACGUUGUGAUCUACAACCCCAUCGCCGGCGGCAUCUUCAGCGGCAAAUACAAAUCCGCCGACCAGACUCCAGACGACGGCGGCCGAUUCUCCGACGCCGGCAACCCCAAAGUCGCCGCCAACUACCGCAAACGCUACUUCAAGGACGCCACCUUCGAUGCCCUGGCCAUGAUCGAGCCCGUCGUGCAAAAGCAUAACCUCACGCUGCUCGAGACCGCGUUCCGCUGGCUCACGCACCACUCGGCAUUGAAUAUCAAGGAUGGGGGAAACGACGGGGUGAUCAUUGGAGUCUCGAGCGAGGAGCAGUUGAAGCAGAAUAUGGCGGAUUUGGAGAAGGGCCCGUUGCCGGAGGAGGUGGUGGCGGUGUUGGAUGAGGCGUGGAAGGUUUGUGAGCCGACGACGGCGAAUUAUUGGCAUCUGGAUUUGGAGUAUACGUAUGAUACGCGCGAGGCUUUGUUCGGGAAGGGGAAGUGA